AUGCAGGAGCUCCGCCGUGGACGUCGCGGGGCUUCCGGUGCGCUGCGGAAGCGGGCGACGGGCCACACAGCACGUGCCGCUCUUCUCCUGGUAGUUUUCGCCACCGUCUGCAUCUUCCUAUUCACGCGGCUGAUGGACAUUGGCACAUGGGGCGCGGGCAGGGAAGAACACAACGCCGGUGAGGCAAUGCGGGUGGGACCGACAAACCACUUCUUCACACGUGUCAGUUUCGUCAUGGACGACAGCAUGGCCCACGCGUGGCGCACCUCUAGCGAGCGGCUCACGUUUCAGGUGCAACUGCGCGUAGAGCGCGUGCAGGCGUCAUUGAUGCAUGGCGGUGAACAGCAAGAAAGCACCGCAGAGCAGUCAGCCAAGGUAUCGGCGACAUUAUACGGGAAGAGCUCGUUGAAGUUGAAACACACAAGACGGCGGUCAUUGUAUAUUCGCACCGAUGUUCCCAUUGAGUUCGUGUCAUCAAAUGCCUCUGAUGCCACGGCUACGCAUGUGAACGAUGCACCCGUUGCGCUAAAGGAGUUUCUGCUGCUUUCGCUAUGGGAGGACACGUACCGUAUAGCGUACCGCACCUCCGUGGACCUGCUGCGUCAGUUUGACCUGCUCUUUUCGUACGCACAGCUCGUGGAGCUGCGCUGCUACCCGGCGGUUCCCAGCCAUGCGUGGGAUCACCCGUGCGCGCCGUCCGUCAGCGGCACGUCGGUGAGCGACGGUGCGCAGCAUGGACGCACACUCGGUGUGUACCUCGCCAUGGAGCCGCCUGCGCAGGCGAUAUGGCGGCGGAUGAAGGCUGCAUUCGCGGCAUUGGAGGCAGAGGAGGGCGGGGGGUCGCCACCUGAUGCUGCUGCUGCUGCUUCGGCAUUGUCUCGUCGUGAGUACGAGACGAAGGCAGAGCACGUUGCACGCAUUGAUCACUGGCGGCGCAUGUGGCGCAUCACAAAGGAAUCAUACGGCGGAAAUGUUGAAAGUGCAGUGGAGGUGGGCUCACGGAACUUCAUGAACUUUCGUGAGCCACGCCAUGAUUUAUCGCAUGUCCCGAGCUACAAGAAGAACAGCUCUUUCAUGCCGAGUUACCGGCUCCUGGAAAAGAAUCCACUCCGUUACGGUUUGAUGAGAGGAAUGACCAGCGCCGACGAACGUGAGGCGGCGAAGCAGUUCUUUGACUUGCCACAGUACAUGGCCUGGAUCGCCAUCAAUACAAUACUGCGGAACAGUGAUUACGAUGACGAGGUGCUCUUCUACGGGGUGCUGCGGCGGUCGGCAUCGCCGCACGACGGAAUGCCGCAACUGCGACCACCGCUUCCAGUGCAUCUGGGCUUGAUGGGAUGGGACUACGACUCUAUCUUCGCCAAUUGCCACCGGAAGCUAUGGUUCUCUACGCCGCUCAUGUUCUGUGCUGAGACAACACUCGACCACAACAUUCUCACCACUCCAAGGCUGCUAGCGCGCUACACGGAAGUUUUGUGGGAUCUUCUGCAGCGUGUUGAUGAACGCCGGUUCCGCCACUCUGUGGGCUUCGCUGAAAGAGAGUUGGGCACAAUAUUUCACGCAGCACCGGGGACGCUGCUGGCAACAUAUGGCAAAGACAGGUACGAGGAAGAUACCGGUGUGAAGUGGAUUAUGGAAAGUUUUAUGGCACAGAGGAAAAUGAUACUGCGCGCUGUGGAGCCGUACAUUGGCAGGUCAUCCGCGUUGUCGUCAGAAGCGCCGGCUUCGGUGGGCACUGCAGGCGUGGCAAACCUCUCAGGAUUGGGGCAGGUGAACGGAGGCACCACAGAGGCGCGCCGUGAAUUACUGAGCCGCCUUUCUCACACGGUCAAAGUUGCACGCUCCCGCGUCGUCGUGGCACACGGCUAUACCGUCAAGAGCGUGCAGUCGGCUCUGGGCCAGCCUAUACAACGACAGCAGCAGCAACAAGAGCAGGAUCAGGGUGAGUGGGAGGGGGAGACGUACAUUCUGCCCGCGCCAGGCAUGUACUGCGCGCGUGUGGACGUUCCAACUGAGGUGCUGAUGGGGCCGGGACAGCUUGGCGGCAUCGCUGCACAACUGAAGCAGGAAGGCCGCAGCUCUCUGCUUGUCGAUGUGCCGCUUGUGGAGCCGAGCCCAUCGCGCAGCGGGGCAGAGUACGGGCUGUGGCUUUACAAGAAGCCAGACCCCAUGCAGCACGCGAUGACCGCUCCUGCUGAAGGCGCCGACCUUCACGUUGUUGUGCCACCCGUGUGGCCUACAUCAUCAAGCGGGUCGCGCGGCGUAUUCGUUGCGCGUGUUCUUCGGCCGAAUCAAGACUCCAAGCCGCCAUCCUUCACAUGGACACGAAAAAACACGCUGCUCGCAGCCACCGACGCUACGUCACUGAAGACGAUGAUCGUUCGCGGCUUUAGUGCUGUUCGCUUCGUUGUGGUGCCGGCGGCUACCAAUGACAUGUCUUCACUUGCCCCGCGCCACGAGCGGGAGAAUGCAGCAGACGGCCCGCUGCUGUUCAUCCGUGGUGGUGGCGGCAUGACAGAGGUUGUGGUUCCAGGCACUGGGGUUCGGCGGUUGGCACCACUCACAUCUGUUUUGCCGCCGCCGCGAUCACCGUCGGCAACCAAUGGCCUCGUCGACGCGGAUGGCACCGCACUGGGCGAGGUGCUUGAGGGAGGGCAGACUUUGAUUUGCAGCGCAACUGCUGCAUCAGUGGGCGGCCCCACCGUGCGCACCGUAAAGUGUCCCGUCUUUGUUCGUGGUGUCUUUGCGGUGGGCCGUGGCGCCACACUUGAGGUAACGGCCGGCUGCGUUGUCGUGCUGCUGCCUGGCGCGCUCCUGCGCGUGGAGGGAAGUGCGCGGCUCAACGGCACUGCCGCAGCACCGGUUGUGGUAACUGGUGAGGACUCAGUGAGCAGCAGCAGCAACUGGCGCACCAUUCACGUGGAUGGACCGGAUGCCGCGCUCAACGCGACUUUUACUUUCUUUACCGGCUCCGGUGUGAAGGGAAUGCGCGUGCCUGGCACAGGCAAGCACCACUCGCACUCCGCCGCUAUCACUCUGACGAAUAGGGCAUUGCUGUCGCUCCGCCACUCAUUUCUGUUGGAGUUGCGAGGAGCCGCAAUUGCCGCCGGCACACACGCAGUGGUGCAGGUCGCGGAUUCUCUGGUGCAGUGGGCACAGAUGGGUGUGGAGUGUCUGCGCUGCGGCUUCGUGUCGCAGCGGUCUGUGUGGUCGCACUUCCCCGCGUGGGACACCGCGUACGCUGACGACGACAACGACGCCAUGUACCUCUCCGGCGGCGAACACCGCGUGACAGACAGCGUCAUUGCACACACCAAGGACGACGGUAUCGACUCGGGUGCAGUGGCCGGCGGCAGAAGCAAUAACAAAAUCAGUGGUGGCUCUCUCGUGGUGCACAACACAAUCAUUGAGGCCUGCAUGCAUGAGGGCGUUGCGCUGUCGACGGAACGUGGUGUCCAGCGGGUGGUGGUGGUCGCACACACAGUGCUGCAGCACUGCCAGCAGUGUGUCGAGUCCGGCUACACGGCGGGGCUCCACACGGCGGCAGUGACGUCGUGCCUCAUUCAGCACUGCGCUGUGGGCGUGCGGUAUGGCGACAACUACCACUGGUCGCACUGCGACGGUGAGAUGAUGGUGCAUAACACCACAAUCGCACACAACGAGGCCAACGCAAUGAACUACGAACGACGCAAGGCAGCCCCCAAGGGGCCGAGUCAGUUUCAUACGCAGGAAAUGCUGCCACAGCAACACUGGCAACUGCUACAGGACGCAGCCAGCAGUUCUGCGCUGCCGCUGUCGGCUCCGGUUUCGGCAGCAGCAGGCGUGGUUUCGCUCAUGCCAGAUGCACGGGCGAAAAUGUCAAGUAUGAGGGACUGGCAAGGCUGUGGUGACAUCUUUGCGCUACCUGGAAACAGCAGCACAAAGAAGCUUGCGCAGACAGAUACGGGAAUGGUGAUGGAGGAUAACUACCUGAGGGACAUCACACUGCACUUCUGA